UGGGGCGGCCGCUAGGUCUACUGGGGCUCCCCACCUCAAUCGAUCCAAGCCCGAGGGCUGCCCCAGGUCCUGUUCUGUCUUCCUGUGCCCCACAGACAGAUCCAAAAGUCUUCCUCCUCCCCAACCCUUCCUGAUGGGAUUAGGCCUUCCUCAUUUCUAUCCUGAAUUCUUGGCCUACUUGGGGAGGGGGCGUGAGUGCUCUUAUAUUGAGCCUCAAGGACUGUCUCAUCUCAAACUCACUGCCAGACCUAGCCCCCCAGCUUCAUCCCUGAACUCCCUCCUUGGCCCUGGAAACCCUAUUCUCAGCUCCUAACACUCAUCCAUAGACCCUACCCUAAGGGACCUCACACCCUCAUCUUCUCCACCGUGUUGUGACCCAGCCCCAAACGCCCUGACCACUAUCAUAUACCCCUUCCUCUGCUCAGUCUGGGCCCAGGCCCUGUGCUCCUGAAGACAUGGAGUUUGUGUCUGGAUACCGGGAUGAAUUCCUCGAUUUUGCUGCCCUCCUCUUUGGCUGGUUCCGCAAGUUCGUGGCAGAGCGCGGGGCUGUGGGGACCAGCCUUGAGGGCCGCUGGCGACAGCUGGAGGCUCAGAUCAGAAGGCUGCCCCAGGACCCUGCUCUUUGGGUGCUCCAUGUCUUGCCCAACCGUAGUGUGGGCAUCAGCCUGGGGCGAGGGGCAGAGCCAGGCCCUGGACCAGGCCUGGGGGCUGCCCGGCUCCUGGGAGAUGAACCUCCACUUCACCUGCGAGACCUGAGCCCCUAUGUCAGCUUUGUCAGCCUAGAGGAUGGGGAGGAAGGAGAGGAGGAGGAGGAGGAAGGCAAAGAGAACCGAGAGGAGGAGGGUGGUGCAGGCAGGAUCACAGGGAAGGCAGAACCAGAGGAGGACAAGGAACCAGCCCCAACCAGCAGGGAGUCCCCUCAAGAAGCAAACCCUCCAGGGGAGCCAGAGGAUGCUGAGCAAGAGGCAGGAGGUGGUGAGGAUGGCGGCCGAGAGGUCAGGGUGGAGGAUGAAACAGGACCUGAGAAGAGGAAGGGACAGCGGAGCGAGGCUGCCCCCCUGCACCUCUCCUGCCUCUUGUUGGUGACGGAUGAGCAUGGUACCAUCUUGGGCAUUGACCUGCUGAUGGAAGGAGUCCAGGGGAAUGCAGGCCGGGGCUCAGGGACUGAGAACUUGGCUCUUCGGGGCUAUGCUCUCCUCUGCCACAGCAUGGCCUGCCCCAUGGGCUCUGGGGACCCUCGAAAACCCCGACAACUUACUGUGGGAGAUACCCAGCUGCACCGAGAGCUGGAGAGUCUGGUCCCCAGGUUGGGUGUGAAGUUAGCCAAGACCCCAAUGCGGACAUGGGGUCCCCGGCCGGGCUUCACCUUUGCCUCCCUUCGGGCUCGAACCUGCCAUGUUUGUCACAAGCACAGCUUUGAAGUGAAGCUGACACCCUGCCCCCAGUGCUGCGCCGUCUUGUACUGUGGAGAGGCUUGUCUCCGGGCUGACUGGCGGCGAUGCCCAGAUGACGUGAGCCACCGGUUUUGGUGCCCAAGGCUGGCAGCCUUCAUGGAGCGGGCAGGGGAACUGGCAACUCUGCCUUUUACCUAUACCGCAGAAGUGACCAGUGAAACCUUUAACAAGGAGGCCUUCCUGGCCUCUCGGGGCCUCACCCGUGGCUACUGGACCCAGCUCAGCAUGCUGAUUCCAGGCCCCUGUGCCCCCAGGCACCCCCGAGGCAACACACCAUCCCUCAGCCUUCUUCUCAGCAGAGAUCCCUACCAGCUUCUCCAGGGGGAUGGGCCUGCCCUGAUGCCUCCUGUGCCUUCAGAUGCACCCAAGGGUCUCUUUGGCUCGUGGCAGGAUUACUACACGUGGCGGGGCCUCAGCUUGGACUCCCCCAUGGCUGUGCUUCUCACCUACCCACUGACAGUGUACUACGUCAUCACUCACCUGGUGCCCCAGUCCUUCCCUGAGCUCAACAUCCAGAACAAGCAGUCACUGAAGAUCCACGUGGUGGAGGCUGGGAAGGAGUUUGACCUUGUUAUGGUGUUUUGGGAGCUCUUAGUCCUGCUCCCUCACGUUGCCCUGGAGCUGCAAUUCGUGGGCGACAGUCUGCCCCCUGAAAGUGACGAGCAGCAUUUUACCCUGCAGAGGGACGGCCCCGAGGUGUCUUUCCGUCCAGGUUCUGGGGUAUCAGCGCGGCUUGGCUCCGGAACUAAGGAGAAGGGGGGCCGCAGGGACCUGCAGAUCAAGGUGUCAGCGAGGCCCUACCACCUGCUGCAGGGACCCAAGCCUGAUCUGGUUAUUGGAUUUAACUCUGGCUUUGGUCUCAAGGACACUUGGCUCAGCUCUCUGCCCCGGUUACAGGUGGGGAGUGGGGACAAAAGACAACUCUCACCUCCUGCCCAGCUCCUCCGUCCCUCCUUUUCUGAAGUCUCUGGACUCUCCUCUUCCCCACCCCGGGGCACUGCUCACCGGGUCCCCUUGCCCGGGUCUGGGGGGCCUCUGUGUGUGAGCCUGCCUGCCCUCCCGGUUGUUCCUCCCGGGAUCUGCCGCAGGUACUGCAACGCUUUCAUCUUCCACCUGGUCUACAAGCCUCUGCAGGGGUCUGGGGCGCGCCCGGCGCCGGGGCCCGCGCCUCCCGCCCCAACUCCUGCCGCCCCUCCUGCCCCCGCCCGAAGGCGCCGGUGAGAAAAGAAAC